AUGGUCAAUCUACGUUCGGGUAGAACGCCAGAUUUGACAGAAGAAUACAUGCCAAAAAGGAGACAAAACCAAGGAUCUGAGAAUAGGACCCCAGAGAUUAGGACUUCAGAGCCCACAGGUUCGCUGCCUACACCUAUUACAGUCUGUAGAAGUGCCCCUGGAGCAUUUGAAAUAGACAAGAUGAUUCCAGAGAAAUCAGAUGAGUCUAAUAACACAUAUGAAGACCUGGUUGAUGAAAUGUCAGAGAAUAUAAUUGACCCUAGUGGCCAGGUGUCAGGAGUUAGUGAAGAAACUCUGAUAAGAUUAGAGAUUGCAAAACUUCAGCAAGAAGUUGAAAUGAUAAGAGCUAGUAGGGAGGCACUUAUUACCAAUGCUAGUGAUAAUGAAAUAAGCAAAGAUCUUGCAAACUAUCUACAGAGAAAUGAUAGCAUUAUUGUCAUAAUAAAGAUCUUGACUGAAUUUAGAGAUCAAGUGAAGCAUAUCAAGAAAUCUGUCAUUCUGAUUAAUUUCACAAACUAUUUAAUGUGA